AUGGGCGAGAAAAUGGAUAGAGGAACGGACCUGAUGAAGGGGAUGUUAUCAGAAUGCCAAAAGAUGGAAAUUCGGCAUGCCAGACGGGGAUGGUGCCAGGAAUGCAUUUGCUGCAUAACCAAAUCAGAUUUCAAGUAUUACGACACUACAUUGAAUGAUGACCCAGAGAAUAACAGUAACAAGCACAAGGUUGCCGUGUCAAAGGAAGAAUUCAAUUUCUGCUGCCGCUGCUGCAUUGGCCCUUGCCAUAGCUUUGAUAUGACUGUCAAGGCACCAAGUCUACCUGAAAAUCAGAAUCCUGAAAUUAUCGAAGUCAAUCGCCCGUGCCGUUUACCAAUGUGCACCUGCAAGUGCUGCUGCUACCAGGAAGCAACUGUUUUCAGUGGUGAUGAUGAUUUGGGAGAAGUUCGAGAAGCAUUUUGGUGCUGCAUUCCUAAAUUCAAAGUGUACGAUCAUGAUGAUAAGACAGUCUACAUCAUCAAACCUCCAACUUGCUGCGGCGGUAUGUGCAUUGAUUGCUGCACCGAAGGCGCACCUUGCCCUCAUGGCUGUUUGAUGCUCCCAUGGAGAGUGUACAGCGCCGAUGCUUCGCGUACAAAUGGUGAUGCCCCUUACGUUGGAAAGAUGCUAAAGAUUCCAAAGGCAACUUUCCGUGAUACAUUCAAUGAGACCAGUUACGUUGAAUUGCAGUUCCCCGAUGAUGCUGAUGCAAAGAAGAAGGGCCUCUUGCUUGGAGCAUACCUUCUUAUCAACGCCCUCUUCUUUGAGCACUCCGAGUAG